AUGAUUGUCCUGCGGGCUACCCAUCUAGCGACCCCUUUGUGUAAUUUAAAUCUGCCCAGUACGGUUGCUAAAGGGGAUUAUCGUGCUGUGGCGGAUGCGUUUCGUGAAAUUUUUUAUCGUGAUUAUUGCCUUACAUCUGUUUGGAAAUUAUCCGUGUUGUAUGAUUACGGUUUGGAUCCCAAGACGGGGUGUUCAGUGAAUACCGCUGAUUCUGUCUCGCGGACUAAUUUUGGCGUGCGGGUGAUGGGUUCUGUGUAUCGGUUAUCGAUCAUGUCGGAUAUUGACUAUCGCUUUAUCUUUGAAAUACCCAUUUCUUUAAAGGAUGGAUUAUUUGUGGAGCCAUCCUAUAUACCGUAUCCGACUUAUGGCUUAAUUUCAGAUUUUGAGCCUAAAGUGCGUGUGAAUAAUAAGAAUCUGGAGGUGCAGACGGGUCCGUUGGAACGGUCGUUCGUGGUCCACUUGUAUUUGAUGGAUGUGUAUGUGCCGGUGUGUGAGACGGUGGACAAUCCCGUUGAUCUGUACGAUGAUGAGAUUCGUGAACGGUUUAAAUUAAUUCAUUUUGAGGAGGCUCGACGUUUGGCGUUCCCGAGAAGGUUUUCGAGGGAUCGUGAUUCGGGUUUGGAUCCCAAAGUGAAAUUAUUGACGCGGUAUCGGCCUCGGAUUAUCCAAUAUGAGAAGUGUUAUUUCCAAAAGAAAUCCAAGUAUCAGUCCGUUACGCGAACGUUUCAAUUGCCUUUUGUUUUUGGGAUGAAUCGGUAUGCUGGGAAUCCCAGCGCCUAUUGUACCUUGUUCCGUGUUCGAGGAACGUCUGAAAUUGAGAUUGUAGGACCAUCUCGGCAGUUGUUUUUUCUUGCUUAUUCGGAAUUUAUAGAUAAAUCUACCUCGUCCGAUGUAUUGCCACCCAAGCUAUCGAUAAGUUAUAGUUGGCAAGCUCGUGCGACCUUAAAAUUUAAAAUGCAUCAUUCUUAUGGGUUUAAUUAUGGUUUGAAUACGUCUGUGGCGUUGGGCGCCUAUGAUCCGUAUAGAGGGUAUGCCAAUCCUUAUUUCAAUGGGCUACUUGGGAUUUUGACCGGUCAACAAAGUAAAAAUAAAGAUGCUUAUGUACAAGUUAUGACGAUAUUGAAGAAAUAUCAUAUCGAUGGCGAAGCGUUGACGGAGGAGGAGAUUAAUUAUUUGCAGAGUUAUUUUGAGGAUGAAAUGGGCGUUGAUUAUGGUCCGGAGGAAGAGCGUGAGACUAAGGUUGAUUCAUCUGGAGCGCCUUUGAUGUUGGAGGGUACCGAUAAAAAUGACAACGAAGAGUCAUCUGAAUUUAGUGACGAUGGUGACAAAGGUCCCGAUGACGGUGGUAAUGGUGAGUGUUGGGGUGGUUGUGGGAAUGGAAUAACAAAGAUUGACAAUAGUCCUUUAAAGAAAAUAAAGGAUCGUUAUCGGGAUGCAAAGGCAACUAUAGAGUCUUUGCAAAAGAAAUACAAUGAUAUAUUGAAGGCUAUGCAAUCCCAAUAUGAUAAGAUUGAAAAUUCUAAACUUAUUAAAUUUCAAAAAAUAUCUGGUGCUAUUGAAAAUCGCCACACCGAAACGCAACAGUUGCUAAUUCAAUGGCGUGAUGAGCAUGCCAAACGGCGUUCGGAUGUGAUUGGUGAAGUUCGGAAGAAAAUUCAGAAUGAUGUUUCUGCUGGUAAAUUUCAAGUGUACGCAUCGGAUGUUAUUGAGGAUGACAACGUCAAGGGGUGGAAACCGAUGCUAGUGGUGAAUCGGAUUCGAUAUUUUGGUUCGUCUGUCACAUUGAUUCCGUGGAAAUAUCGAUCGGAAUUGACGCCCACGAUUCUUGAUAUAGAAUAUAAUACCGGGUUAAACAAUCACACCGGUGAGUUGUAUCUUUAUCAGCCAUAUGUGUCUGUAGGAAUGUAUAUGUAUAAUUUAUUAGUCCCGACGGAUAAUGAUAGAAAGGCUGACGAACCGGCACCCUAUGUUAUAAGUAGUCAAACGAUCCUAAUGUAUGCCAGUAUUCAAGUGGCUUUUUAUAAGCAACGAGCUAGCAAAGAAGGUUCUUAUUACAUUUAUGAUCCGGAUUCUUAUCAUAUGACUCUUCCUAAAUUAUAUUUAUAUGAUCCUCCAAAAGCAAAUGCUGUAGACCAAACAUAUAUGAGUGGGGUUAUACCUUAUCUCCAGUAUCGCAGGUUUCUUUUUAUAUUUUUUCUAGAACCCAAAAAAGCCCCUAGUGCGACAUCCGAUAAGGAUGUUUUGCGUUUACAUAAUCAUGUGAGUUAUUCUCAUGUGCCGAGUGUGGUGACUGGGUCGAAGUUGAAAGAUAACUAUUAG